ACACACACACGGCUUGUUGAUCAAGUAUGCAAGCCGCUGACAGAAUGACAUUGUAGCUCAGCGAAUAUCACCUGCUUCUCAGCUCAGGAUGAAAUCGAAGCUAAGCCCGAGUUGUUCCAUGAUGCGCCGGCCAAACUGCCUGCCGACUAUGAAGAGACCCCCAAAGCAGUUAAAAUCCAUUAACCCAGUACUCACCGACGUACAACAUCCUUCACCAUGCCCAUCCGCAUCACAAUCCUGAUCAAGAAGCUCGACACAGUCUCAACGGAAGACUUCCAUUCAUACUGGUCCACCAAACACCCCUCCAUCUUCCUCAGCGUGCCGACAGCGCAAAAGCUCCUCCUCAGAUACUCGCAAUACCACAUAUCGCGGCCCCUUACGACUGCGCUACGAAAAGGCGCACACAUGCCAUGCCUCGAACCAGAGUUCGACGGUGCUGCGGAGUUCUUGGUGGAAUCGCUUGAAGACUUUGGUGCGAUUUUUGCGGACCCGAUUUACGAGAGCGUUGUGGUUCCGGAUGAGGAGAGCUUUUUGAAGAGGGGCGAGAGCAUGGUAUUUGUUGGGGAGGAGGAGAUGAAGUGGGUUGAUGGGAAGGCGGCGGAGGGGGUUGUGUUGAAGUAGCCUGGAAGGAGGAGGUUGAUGCAGGGUGAGGGGAGGGCCGUCGUACGAAUUGGUUAUAUCUUCUGUCGGCCCUGCAACAUCCAUCCCCUGGCUACCUAUGUUCGUUCUGUACCAUAAUAGGAAGGAGUAAUGCUUGGCGAUGUCCACAA